GGGCUGCAGUGUGGGUUGAAGUGGCUGUCCCUGAAUUAAUCAACGUCCUCCUGUCUCUCUCCUGUGCAGGCGAGGUCUCUGUUUUGCCCAGCGAGGGAGCUUUGUUUCUGGGGUAGCGCUAAGUGACAGUCAGGCUGCAGGAUGCAGAAGAAUAAGGAGAAGUACAGAGACAUCGACGAGGAUGCCAUCCUGAAGGGAAUGAGCCCAGAGGAGCUGGAGCAGCUGGAGUGCGAGCUGCAGGAGAUGGAUCCCGAGAAUGCCAUGCUACCCGCGGGCAUGCGCCAACGCGACCAGACCAAGAAGAACCCGACCGGCCCGUUUAACCGGGAUGCUCUGCUGGGUCACCUGGAGAAGCAGGCGCUGGAGCUGGCGGACCGAGAGGACCCGGUGCCCUUCACCAAGGAGAAGAAAGGAAAGGCGUUCGUCCCGAAGCAGGCGAAGAGGGAGAUCCCGCAGGAGGAGCAGAUCACGCUGGAGCCCGAGCUGGAGGAGGCUCUGAAGAACGCCAGCGACGCGGAGAUGUGUGACAUUGCAGCUAUUUUGGGGAUGUACACCCUAAUGAGUAACAAGCAGUACUACGAUGCGAUCACCAGCGGAAACAUCGUCAACACAGAGGGGAUCAACAGCGUUGUUAAACCUGACGCGUACAAGUUGUACCCCGAUGAACCCCCGAACCCCACCAACGUGGAAGAGAGCUUGAAGCAAAUCCAAGACGACGACAGCAGCCUGACAGACGUCAACCUGAACAACAUCAAGGACAUUCCCAUCCCCACGCUAAAGGACAUCUUUGAGGCCAUGAAGAAUAACACAUCUGUGAAGUCCCUGAGUAUCGCUGCCACUCGCAGCAACGACCCUGUAGCACACGCUGCAGCAGAGAUGUUGAGAGAAAACAAAUACCUCCAGAGUCUUAAUAUCGAGUCCAACUUCAUAACUGGGGAGGGAAUAGCAGCCAUCGUCAGCGCACUGAAGGAGAACACCACCCUGACAGAAAUCAAGAUCGACAACCAGCGGCAGAUGCUCGGGGACUCUGUGGAAAUGGAGAUCGCUGACAUGCUGGAAAAAAACACGUCCAUCAUUAAGAUUGGGUAUCAUUUCACUCAGCAAGGGCCGCGCGCUAGAGCUGCCAUCGCCAUCACCAGGAACAGCGACCUCCUCCGUCAAAAGAGAGUGGGGUGAUCUGCCAAGUGGCAUUCAAUGGACGAUGUACCCCCUUCACCCCCCCCCCCCCUUUAUGAAAAGCACAGUGGACUCACUGGAUGUGUAGCUUUUAACAAGCGUCUUGAAAUGGCAACGAAAUAUCACAGCCAUCCUCACUCGCAUAUUCUUCUGCUUCGAUCACUUUGCUUCAGUAAAAAAACACAAACCUCUUCUCUCUAAGUACCCCACAUACUGUAGAUGCCACUUAUUAACAACCUCUCAGCUCCCAGCAAAAAG